AUGGGUAUCGUCGAGAAAAUCAAUGAUAUCGAGAACGAAAUCAAGCGUACUCAAAAGAAUAAGGCUACCGAAUACCAUCUCGGUCUCUUGAAGGCCAAAUUGGCCAGAUAUCGUGUACAACUCUUGGAAGGUGCAAAGACAAAGUCUGAAAAGGGUGAAGGGUUCGAUGUCAUGAAAUCGGGUGAUGCGCGUGUGGUCAUGAUUGGUUUCCCCUCUGUUGGUAAAUCUACACUGUUAUCCAAAUUAACAACAACCGAAUCUGCUGUUGCAGGCUACGAAUUCACGACUUUGACCUGUGUUCCCGGUAAAUUCACUUAUAAGGGUGCCAACAUCCAAUUGCUCGAUUUGCCCGGUAUUAUUGAAGGUGCUUCUCAAGGUAAAGGUCGCGGUCGCCAAGUCAUUGCCGUGGCUCGUACUGCAGAUGUUGUUUUGAUGAUGUUGGAUGCUACCAAAUCUGCCCAACAAAGACCUUUAUUGGAAGCUGAAUUGGAAGCUGUCGGUAUCCGUUUGAACCAAAGCUUCCCCAAUGUCUCUUUCAAAAUCAAGAAGGCUGGUGGUAUCAGUUUCAAUGCAACCCUCAAGUUAACAAAGAUCGAUCAAAAGAUGGUGCACAACAUUUUGCAUGAUUACAAAAUCUUCAAUGCAGAUAUCGUUAUUCGCGAAGACAUUACAGUAGAUCAGUUUAUUGAUGUCAUUCUCGGCAACAGAAGAUACAUCAAGUGUAUUUAUUGUUACAACAAGAUUGAUCAAAUUAGUUUGGAAGAAGUCAACCGUUUAGCACAUGAGGAUAAUACUGUUGUUGUGUCUUGUGAGGAUGAUCUCAAUUUAGACUAUCUCAUUGAAACGAUUUGGAGAAAGCUAAAUUUAAUGCGCGUGUAUACAAAGAAGAGAGGCGAAUAUCCUGAUUUCAGCGAUGGUCUUAUUGUCAGAAACGGAGCUACCAUUGAGCAUGUCUGUCAUGCUAUUCACAGAACCUUGACCGAUAACUUUAGAUAUGCCUUGGUUUGGGGAACUUCGACAAAACACAAUCCUCAACGUGUCGGUAUCAAUCACUUAGUAGGCGAUGAAGACGUUGUGCAAGUUGUUAAGAAAUAG